UGAUCAGUUAGUGUGCUACCCUCCUUUAUAUUAUUCACACAGCUUUGUUCAGAGGAAGCAGGAAAUUGUUGACUGACGGUAGCAGGAAGGUGAUGACCAGAGCAGGAUCUGGAGGUCAUAGACCUCCAGAAAAGGUUAUAGAGUAUAAACAGGCUUGAGUCCAGCUCGACUGUUGUUAACUAUGUCACUUUGGGCAAGUUAGUCAACCUCUCUAAGAAAAGAAGAGGAAGAAGGAGGAGAAGGAGAAGGAAAAGGAGAAGGAAGAAAAGGCAAAGGAGGAGAAGGAGAAAGAGGAAGAGGAGAAAGAGAAGGAGGAAGAAGAGGAGGAGGACAUGGUGACCAUUGGAUGAUAGGCUUCCACAAGGAAUCUUGGCCUUAUACUCCACAAACAAAGGGCAGGUGCUGGAACCCAGAAAAAGAGUAUUAUAAUGACGAGAUCCAGAAGUGCUGUGACAAGUGUCCCCCAGGUCAGCGGGUGCUGCGCUCUUGUACGAGGGACUCAAAUACCGUCUGUGUCGACUGUGAGGGAGACACACACACCGAGGUCUGGAACUGGGUCAAGGAGUGUCACAGCUGUCGGAGCCGCUGUAAUCGAGAUUUUGAGGAAAUUCAGGCUUGCACUAAAAAGAAGAACCGGAUUUGUGUCUGUAAGACUGGAUUCUACUGCAUAACAAAGAAUCAGGACAGGUGCCUUCGAUGCUUCAAGUUUUCCAAGUGCCGGCGGGGCUUUGGUGUGUCCAAGCCAGGAACCCCGAAUUCAAAUGUGCAGUGUGCCGCCUGUGCCCCAGGGACCUUUUCAGAUACGGAGUCAUCUACAGACAUUUGCAAGCCCCACAGAGUGUGUAACUCUGUAGCUGUCCCUGGUAAUGAGACGUCAGAUGCCAUCUGCAAUGACAUGGUCUCUGUUCCUACAGAGGUAGGCACACCUCUCUCCAAGCAUCAGCCUGGGUUCGUGAAUCCCAAAGAUGCCUUGUUGACCUCUCAGCCAAAUAUUACUCUAGGCACCUCUCCCCAACCCCAGCCACAGCCCACCAUCCGACUGGUUUUUUCCAAUGGCCCUGUUUUUCCAUUUGGGUGGAUUCUGGGCGUGUUGGCAACCAUCCUGGCACUAUUUGGUCUGACUGCCUGUUUGAUGUCUCAGAGAAAAGAUAAGCUCUUGUCCUGCAUCAAAGAAGAAACCAAAGUGGUGUUUCUCAAACUUGCUGAAUUGGGAAUCUUCACCACAUCCUGCCCUCACUGUUAUCACUCAAUGCCUCACUCAGCAGUUGAGAAAUCCCAGAGUUUCUCAGGGCACACCGGGACGGAGCAGCAGAACCUGUUGGACUCAGAGGCCACCUCCAGCAGCAACUCCCUGGACAGCAUGCUGAGCCCUGGGGAAGCCAAAGAAUUCCAGGAGACACAGGGAAAGGAAAACAACCAGAGCCAGGCCCCGAGCUCAGAGAGGUCCAAGUGUGGCCAGGGAACCAGGGCUGGCUCCAUGAAUUCAGAGCACCCCCACAGUGGAGGAACCCAGGUUAAGGUGACCUGCAUCGUCAAAGUGUGUAACUCCGAUCACAGCUCCCAGUGCUCAUCACACAGCAGCUGCCCCGACUUUGAGAACAGCUCCUCGGGCUCCCCCUGGAAUGAGGAUGUGCCCUUCUCCCAAGAGGAGAGCCCCGGGAAGGGCAAGCCAGACCCCCAGAGUGCAUCAGAGAUCCUGCUUCCAGAUGUAGAAGAGAAACCGCUUCCCGUCGGGAUACAGGAUAUGGGCAUGAAACUCGGUUAAUGGGCUUGGAAGGAUCCGAGCAGAAGCUGGGUGACCUUGUCAGCUCCCUGAGGGAUGGCCAUUUCUGAGGUCUGCCUCUGACCGUGGGAUUCUGUUGCUCUUCUUGGGCCAGCCUCCCUCCUUCCAUGGGCCUUGCUCCUCAGAGGCCUGUCUCUUGCCUUCAGAGGGUGGGGAUAAGAGGUAUUUGAAUGACUUUGUUUUGGUCUCUCCCCUUCUUCCGUUUCCUUAUCUUGCUUUGUCUCUUCCAAGAUGCAUCAUGGCACCUGAGCUGGGAGGAAGCUCAGACGAGUCUCUCAGCUCCACCACUAAAGAACUCUGCAAUCUUGGCUCAGCCACAUUCCCUAUCUGGGCCUUGGUCUCCUCACCCGUCGGAUUUCCAAGGCUACUCCUAUGUUCCAAAUUCUUGGGAAACCAAGAGGACUCUUAGAUCCUGGUCCUUCUCUCAUGAAGACUUCAGGGUUCCCAUCCCCAUCUGCCUCCACUAGCCUAGGAGGAAGAGGCUCAGAGACAGGAUUCAGACCUCUUGGCUUCCAUCUGUCAAAGGAGAAGGCCAGAUUAGAAUGGCCUCUAAGGUUCUUUAUGAUCCUAUGAACUAUAGGGCCAUGUUGGAGGUGUCAGUGGGCAGGGAGUCCCUCUCAGACCCCAAGGCUUUAGGAUGGUUCAUGCUUGAAAGGUUUGGGGUGGGUAUCAGAUGUUUAUGCUGGGGAGAAAGACUUGAUUCUUGGGUUGACUGUUGUGACUCAGUUUCUACAACACUUGUAACCACCAUAGAAGGUCUGUGACUAAGACUUUCCUGAGCCUGCUCCCUUUGCCCAUCUCCUCCCCUCUUGGAAACCCUGCUCAUUUGGAUUUCACAUCUGAAGACAUCAUUGUAUGCUGUCUUGCCUUUAACAACAACCCCUUUCCUAUGAGAGCAUGGUAUAGGGGAACAGAGUGAGUGAUCUAGAACCAAAGGGCCAACUUCCAAUCUUGGUUCUGCUACUUAUUACCUGUAUGACCUUUCUGUCUCUGGGCCUCAGUUUCCCUCAUCUGUAAAAUGAAGGGGGGUUGAUUAGGCCACUUCUAGGAGACCUUCUAGCUCUGAAUCUAUGACUCUGGGGGGGGACACAGUUGUGUGAGGUCCUUCCCAUGAACCAUUCAAAAUCUGCUACCUCAGGCUGGGGGCCUGUCCCUGGCUGUGUUCCUUUUGAUUCUCUUCCCCAUCUCUUUUACCUACGAGCCCUGGGGCCCAGAAGAAGCCCCGGGCCCUGUUUGUGCCAUAUCUCCAAAGACCUGAAUUUGUGUUGCAGAGCAUGUGUAUAUGCGUGUGUAUAUGCAGGAACUGUUUUGUGUACUAUGGAAGAAUAGAAGGUUCUAUUUAGUUCAAUGAACAUCCAUUAAACUCCUACUGCGCGCAAGGCACUGUGGAUACAAAGACAGGAAGUUAUUUCCACUGGAUGAAUUUGGAGUCAAAGGCCCAGAGUUCAAAUCCCGACCCUCCCUGCUUGCCUGCCAAGGACCUUGGGCGAGUUCGUUGACUUCUCUGUUAAAUGAGGGAGUUGGCUUGGAUGAUGUCUACAAUCUCUUCCAGGCUACCCUUGCAGAAGGUGCUAGGAACGUGGACCUGGCCGGGUCCAUUGUGGAGUGUGGAGCUCCAUGAUUCUGGCCCAAGUGGAAGCCAUUCUAACCAACCUCAGGGGGCAAGAUAAAAAAAAUUCACCGGACUUGGAUGUGGCCAUUGGCAACUGUAAUAACCAGUUGGUUAAGAUUGGCCUCUGGGCCUUUCUCCCCUUUUUUCUUCCCUUGAGGACACCAUCCUUGAAAGGGAAACCUGGACCCUGAAGACCCUAAGCCAGGUCACUCAAUUGAUGAGCAGAGAGCUCCCUCUAGUGGCCAUCUGCAAGAAAUGCCUCAUUCUCAUCUCUUGGGAUGACCUGGGAAGAACUGCAAUAGAUAUUUCCUCACUAGAGGUUUCAGCCGGAAUUCCCAAAUGGGCCGGGCUAGACAAGGCCAGUGUUCUGGGCGACACGUAUGAUGAGAGUUUGCACUGUAUGACAUAUAGUUUUUCAAUAAAAUAUUUUCUACUUUUAAACCGCU